UUGGCCACAGCUGAGUUGCACAAUGUGUAAAACAAGAAAACUUAGCAAAAGAAACAUAUCAGAUAUAUAGGAGUAGUGCACUUGUAAACAGGAAAAUCAUACAGAUAGUCAUGAAUUUCUCUAAUAGUCCCACGAGUUCCCUGACAUGCUGUCACCGGCUGGCGUACAAGGAGUCAGAGCUCCGAGGCCAGCCACAGGUUUCUUCUCUGAUGCAACAAAUAGUGUGGCCUUUGUUCCAAGUGCUGACUAUAAUGCUGCACAGGUACUUCUGUCCACGCACUUUCCAUUACAGAGAGAAGCAGAGGGGCUUGCCAUCGACAGUGCUUGAUUUUUCCUACCACCUAUUAUCCCAAAUAAUUUGCUUUGGGAUUCAGAAGCGAUCCAACCAAGAAAACGAGGACCCGUGUUCUAGAGCUGGUCUGAGGUUCGUGGAGAAGCAGAGGGGCAUGCCAUCGACAGUGCUGUAUUGUCACACCAGCCUAUGGUCGCAAAUUCUGUCCUUGCGGCUGCUACAUCAAGGUUCCGAGAGAUCAAGAAUAGAGUUCAAGUGGGGAACCGGCACCUCCAACACCUGUUCUGCCUUUGUGCCCUGUCGAGAAUGUGCAAACCCCACGGACUGGAAAAGAGAAGAAAAGAAACUCCCUCGAAAAACGUCCAACAGAAAGAACACUUCCCAUUGGUCCCGAAGCGAAGGCGGUGGUUCCCUGUCAUGGUGGCGGAUGGCGGUGGUGAAAACGGGCGGCUUUUCAGGGCGUGGAAGGGGAUUUGUAUGUUAA